AUGGGAAGAGUGGGGCCAGGUGACGUUUUGCUCUGUGUAUUGAAAAAGUUUUUGAUAAAUAAUGUGUGGGUGAGUAGGAGGGUCCAGCGAGAGAGGUGUAAGAGGGGUAUCGUUUUGAGGCUUUUUCAUAGUGGAAUUGCACCAACCACUGCCGUACACCCCUCUCAUACUCCUACUCGCCAGAGCCCUCACCCCGCCCUCAACCGCCCUCAACCGCCCUCAACCGCCCUCCCUCAUACCCACCGCCCUCCCGUGAAAGAAGCACACGUGAACCCUCAAAAACAAAGAGCCUGUUCGGGGUCGCCCCUCCCCUGCCACAUCCCCCCAGCCACCUCCCGGCAACUUCCAAGAGAUGCCCCGCCCGACAAACUCCCCGCUAUAAAUCCUUUCCUCCCACACCCUCCUACUUCGGGUAUCGCCCUUACUCAAUUCCCUACCCUCCCUUUCCCAUCUCCGCCGUCUCCCAUCUACCAUCUACCAUCUCCCAGCCUCCUCAUCUCCCAGCCUCCUCAUCCUCCGCAUCCUCCUCAUCCUCCUUACCUCCCCCUCCCCCUUCCUUGGUUUCACGUGACCGCUCAAAAGCUCUUCUUCAAGGCGAAUGGAUGGAGCUCCAAUGCGUGGAAAGCCUGGGUUUGGAAUGCUCGCCAGCACCGUCCCAGCCUCUUCGUCGCCAAAUCGAUGCCAUCAACUCAUCUCCGUUUCAGCGUAAUUCCUCACUUGCUUCCCUCAGUUCCCAAUCACAACAACAACUUGACCAUCAUCCCCACAACUUCCCUGACACACGCCCACAUCCGAAAAACUAUUCCCCAUCUCCCUGCACUCACGCCCUAUCCCCACUAA